AUGGUUCGGAUUGCUAAACGGUCUGUACUAUCUCAUUCACACGAAGGGAUAUGCACUCCAUAUGUGAAACGUUUCUUGGCUGAAGAGCAUAAGGCAGCUUCUCUGUGCUUUGUAUAUCCCAGCACAAAUGGAGCUUAUGAAGUUUACCUGGGAUAUGACAAACAUAGAGUCUGUUUGAAUGAAAGAACUUGUACCUGCAUGAAGUUUCAGAUAUGUGGAAUCCCCUGCGAACAUGCUUAUGGACUGAUACUCAAGAACACAUUGGAAGCUGAAGACUACGUCUGUGAAUGGUUCCGAACUUUUAAGUGGAGGGAUAAUUAUACGGAUGGGAUUGUUCCACAAAGGGGUUCAUGGUAUUGGCCUUGCACUGGAGGAGAAACUGUGUACCCACCACCAAGGCCGGAUGAUGAAAAUGUAGACAAGAAGAGGAAGAAAGGUGUUCAUGAGUCACCUACCAAUAAGCAACCAAAACAAAAGAAAAUAAGCAUGCAUUGUGGGAUUUGUGGUGCAGCUGAUCAUAACUAUAGGCUGGAACUCAACUGGAAUCUUCUCAAGGUUGUAUGA